CGUAGGCAGACACGCACACUCGCGCGCGCUUACUCUUCAACAUCGGGCACAUCAGAUUGUGAAAAGCGGCGUUUGAGAAGUCUUUCAGAUUGCAGGCUUCCUGAGCUGUUUUCGACUUUAGUAAAGAAAGUAGAAGUAGAAGAGGAAGGAUGUCCGGGGAUCUGCCACUGAACAUAAACAUUAAGGAGCCACAAUGGGACCAGACAACAUUUAUGGGCAGAGCCAGACAUUUCUUCAUGGUGACGGACCCAAGAAACGUGCUGCUCUCAAAUGAGGUUCUGGAGGAUGCACGAGUCAUUGUGCAAGAUUACAGGAAUGGAAUUGUAAGACCAGGCCUGACAGAGGAUCAGCUAUGGAGAGCCAAAUACAUCUACGAUUCUGCCUUUCAUCCUGAUACGGGUGAGAAGAUGCUGCUGAUUGGUCGCAUGUCUGCACAAGUGCCAAUGAACAUGACCAUCACAGGCUGCAUGCUCACAUUUUAUAGGACAACUCCAGCAGUCGUGUUCUGGCAGUGGGUCAACCAGUCUUUUAAUGCCAUCGUCAACUACACAAACCGCAGUGGAGAUGCGCCACUCACUGUCAAUCAGCUCGGAGCAGCCUAUGUCAGUGCAACAACUGGAGCUGUAGUGACUGCCCUUGGCCUCAAGUCACUUACCAAGCACCUGCCAGCUAUUAUCGGACGGUUUGUUCCAUUUGCUGCAGUGGCAGCGGCAAACUGCAUUAACAUUCCCUUCAUGAGACAACGGGAACUGAAGUACGGCAUUCCUGUCACUGAUGAGGAGGGUAAUCGCCUGGGAGAGUCUGCCAGUGCUGCUCAGCAGGCCAUUGUACAGGUGGUGGUGUCUCGAAUCGGCAUGGCAGUGCCAGCCAUGGCUAUUCCUCCUGUAAUCAUGAAUGCCUUGGAGAAAAAAGCUUUCAUGAAGCGCUUCCCAGUGCUCAAUGCCCCAGUACAGGUCGGGCUUGUGGGAUUUUGUCUGGUGUUUGCUACUCCGUUGUGCUGUGCCCUGUUCCCACAGAAGAGCUCUAUGAAGGUAAGCAGGCUGGAGCCUGAGCUUCAGGAAAGGAUACGAGAGAGCAGUCCUAACACGACCGUGGUUUAUUUCAACAAGGGCCUGUAGGGGACUUUUUCCAAAGUCCAAACUGCAGUCUGUAAAGUACAGGCUAUAAGUUCAGUGGACACAACUUGAAGAGUAACUUUUUUUCUUUCUUUUUUUUGUUUUGUUAGUUUUUUGUUAAAAAAAGAACGGUGUGUUGUCAAACCUGCACUUUCCUUUGAGAUGAUAUGCAAUCCUGAUUGACGUGUACCUAAAGCAAAUGAUGCAUUUAUGAUGACAGACCCCUUAUGUGCUAUUGUAUGCAGUCCCAAAUAGUUUUAUUAUGUAAAUUCUAUUUAUCAUUAUUUAUUAUUUGCAAAAGUACUUGAUUUGUUAGGGUUUUUAGAUCGAGAAUAUUUAUUCCUAACUUUCCAGACCAAACAUCUGUCCACAGUUUUCAAUUACAAGGAAUAGUCAUCAGUUUUGAGUCAUAGGAUUAUUUCGAACUAUUAUAUGCUCACGUGUGUGCGCAAUGGAAGUGCUCUAAACCCCUACGUCCUUUGCAGCACUGACCUAAUAGACUCUGGAUAGGAAUUUAUCGGAAAGCUGAGAUCUAAACACACUCUUUGUAAACACAUCCAGAUCAUAACAUUUUGGUGAUUAAUUGGUGGUCAGUUGUAUUUUAAGUCAGUGCGUGUGUCUGGGCCUGGUGCUGUUUUAACUGUUUAGUAUAAGUUGAGUGGUCCAUGUAUUUAUUGUUAAGAUUAUAUUAUGAUUGUAGAUUGCUUUUGUGGAUCGACUGUCAAAACUGCUGAAGUUUUAUACAGUACAGUAAUGUGUAAAAUGUUUAGUUUCUUUUUUGACCAGAAUAUAUACUGUAUUGUGCAAAAGUCUUUAUGUAUAUGUGGAUUAUAUGUUAAUCAUGUCUGCAUAAUUAUGUACAACAUCAUUCAGUAUUUCCAUAUACUGUAUAACUUAAAAAUGUAGAAAUACAUAAAAUUACAGGAGAAUAUAUGCAUGACUGUAAAGAAAAAAAAUAUAGAACAAGACAGACCAGUUUUCAGAUUGAAACAAACAACCUAAUGUACACUCCUGUGAUUUGCAUAAAAAUAGAAAGGAGCGAGUGUGACAAAGUUACCAGAAGAACUUGUAUUCUUCAGCAAGCUCAGUAAAACCUAAUAGCUAUUUUACUUGUAGUACUGUGCAAAGGUCUUGGGCACAUACAAAAAUAUGGCAUAAGCAAAAGAUACUUAUACAUUUCUGCAUAAAAGAAACUUCUAUAAAGAGUAAUAAAAUAAAGUCAAUAUUUGGAGUGUCAGGAGUUUUAGAGACAGAUUUGUGCAGUUUUAUAGGAAAACAGCGGUUAUGUUUUACUGAGCUUGCUGGAGAAUGAGUUCUUCUGGUUGCUUCCAUCUGAAAACUGGUCUGUCUUGUGCAAUAUUUUUUUUUUUACGGCCAUGCAUAUAUUCUCCUGUAUUGUUAUUUAUUUAUUAAUUUUUAAGUCAUGUAUAGAAAUACUGAAUGAUUUUGUACAUAUUAUGCAGACAUGAUAAUCAUAUAUAACAAAAUUGGUACAGCAUAUAAUAUGGUGCCUAAGACUUUUGCACAGUACUGUAUAUAAUACAGUCAGCCAAAAAACUAUAUAUAUAAUAAAACAAUUUUAAUACUAGAUUUAUUGAUGUAUAUGAUAAUAUUAUUAAUAUUAAUAUAAUAUACAUCAUACUAUUUUUCUUUUCCUGAAGUGUGUAUAAUUUUUUUGGCUGACUGUGUACAUGUAGCCAGAACAGGAAUUGUUAAAAGUAAAUUCUACAUUUUGUACACUUAUUGAAGCCUGGCAUUGUUUUAAUUCGACAUUGGCAGUGGUACAGGCAUAAAACCUUUUGUUUAGAUAUUUCCCAGGAGAAAAGUAUAAUGCUGGCAUGACACCAUACAUCACUGAUCAACGCACAACUAUUCUAAAAUAUUGACAAUUGUUUUAGUUCAAACUGUACCCUUAAAUUAUAUAAAGUUAAAUAUAAGUACAUGUGAAACAUUUACUGAAAUAUAUAUUUGGUUAGAAAUGUCAGUGGGAUAUAAAGUCUUUGUGCUGAUACAGUUCAGAAAUAAGCCAUGAUAGAUGCAACAUAAAAUUAUUUAUUUAUGUGUUUCUGGAUGUGGUUGUACUGAUGUACCAAAAAUUUUACCGUAACCCUAUUAUUAUGCUAUUAAGAACACCUCUCUGGAAAUCAUAUUGCAUUUCGAGCACAAGAUCAAAUAUAGUUCGUAAAGUGUUAUAGACAGGUGAUAGUUUUAUGAAGUGUUUUUUGUGGAUAUUUUUAACAAAAUUUGGCAGUGUUUCCUUUUUAUUUUCUUUAUGUCUUUCACUUAUGGUAAAUGCCCAAAAGCAAUGUGGUCAAUUUAGCUUGUUGAGUUCAGAGCAGAUUAUUAUCUUAAACGCAGAUCAUAGAAUUAGAUUUGGAAUUCCACAAAAUGUCUUGAAUCCAACACUAGUGUUGCAACACUGAGAAGAUAUGUUAGGAAGUAAGUGCUUUCUGAAACACAUUGCCUUCUGAAUUAUUCUAUGUGAAUGUACUGUAAACAGUUAUAGUAUGUAACUAACCACCUGAUUAAUAAAAUUAUAGCACAAGUA